CACUUCCGGAAGAAGGUCACGAGCAUUAACAUUCAAGAUGGCGACCCCCUUGUGUCAGUGUUACCAGAUAUGUGUGAGAAGAGGCUUUGUUUCUUUCCCUUCCUCCUACCUUCUCCUUCACAACAGAGCCGCUGUCUACAGGACACAUGGGCUCCUCGCAUGCUCUUCACAGGUGCCGCCGUCCGCCUCCCUGCAGGUCAGGUAUAUGUCAGGGGAGAGAAGCGGGGGCAGAGGCGGGGGCAGAAAGGGUUUCAUGGGGGAGUUACUGGACAACAUAAAGCAAGAGCUAAACAAAAACAAAGAAAUGAAAGACAACAUCAAGAAGUUCAGAGAAGAGGCCCAAAAGCUGGAGGAGUCAGAAGCAUUGAAACAAGCUCGAAGGAAAUUUAAAACGAUAGAGUCUGAAACAGUGAAGACCUCCGAUGUCCUCAGGAAGAAGCUGGGAAACAUCUCUGAGAGCGUUAAAGAGGGGCUUGAGGAGGUGAGUCGUACGGACAUUGGAAAGAAAAUCAAGGAUGGAAUAGAGGAAGCAGCCAAAUCAGCGAAGACCUCAGCGGAGUCUGUCUCUAAAGGUGGAGAGAUGUUGGGGAAGACCGGUGCCUUCAGAGCAAUAUCACAGGGCAUGGAGAGCGUGAAGAGGGAGAUCGAUGACCUCGGACACACCGGCUCUUAUCGGCCUCCUGCCAGACUGAGGAAGAGGAGCGAGUUUUCCUCCAAAGGGGCAGGAGAGGAGGGCAAAGUGUUCGAAGCCAACGAAGACGCGAUGGGUGUGGUGCUGCACAAAGACUCUAAAUGGUUCCAGCAGUGGAAGGACUUCAAAGACAACAAUAUGGUCUUCAACAGGUUCUUUGACAUGAAGAUGAAGUACGAUGAGAGUGAGAACGCGCUCGUCAGAGCCUCUAGAGCCGUCACCGAGAAGAUGACUGAUGUUCUAGGUGGGCUGUUCUCUAAGACGGAGAUGUCUGAAGUUCUAACGGAGAUUUUAAAAGCUGACCCAUCCUUUGACAAGGACACUUUCCUCAAGCAGUGUGAAGGGGAUAUCAUCCCUAAUGUACUGGAGGCGAUGAUCCGAGGGGAGCUGGAGCUGCUGAAGGACUGGUGUUAUGAAGCGACCUACAGUCAGCUGGCACACCCAAUCCAGCAAGCCAAAGCCAUGGGACUCCAUUUCCACUCUAAGAUCCUGGACAUCGACAAUAUUGAUCUGGCCAUGGGGAAGAUGAUGGACCAGGGGCCGGUGCUGAUCAUCACCUUCCAGGCCCAGCUAGUGAUGGUGAUCCGAAACACCAAAGGAGAGCUGGUGGAGGGGGACCCUGAGAAGGUGAUCAGGAUGAUGUACGUGUGGGCUCUGUGUCGGGACCAGGAGGAGCUGAACCCGUACGCCGCCUGGAGACUUCUGGACAUCUCCGCCUCCAGCACCGAGCAGAUCCUCUGAGUCUCUCUAAAACACUCUGAGAGAGAACACUCUGUACCUGAAGAAGCCCUGGAGCAUGCUGGGAAGGAUCGAGAUGAGGGACAAACAACAGAAAACAUUUGGAGAAGUAAUGCGAAACACUUUCUCUUCUUACAUCACUGGUUCAAGGUGUUUUCUUUGAAGGCAGUGAUUUCUCUGGCUCACACUAGGCGGCGACACACCCCCAACAACUCUAUCAGUAUUCCUGCAAGGCCUCGAUGGCUGUCCGUGUAUUGCAGGGAAAGUUAUUUACCUCUGUUUUAUCAUGAGUGUUAUAAAUUAGGUAGAAACCUAGGGGGCUGAUUUGAAGCUUAAUCUUCAGGUUGAUGUCGGCACUUUUGAAAAAAUGGCUGCCAUACUUCUGUCCCUCACACUUUCUCUUCGUCUCUGAGGCGUUGUUAUCGUGGUGAUGGCCAAUCAGUGCUUUCCUGGAUCCAUGUCUGUAUAAUAAUUGUCCACUGUAAUUGUUGAAAUGUGAAAAAAGUAUAUUUAUUAUGAAAAAAUAAAGAUGACCCUGCUACUUUUCACACUU